UGCAUAUAAGUAUCUGUGACCAAAGUUGCAACUCCUUCAAUCAUUUGCUACUUUGGAUCUUAGUAUUGUAGACCAGGAUGUAUCGGUCCUUUUGUCAUUUGUUGCCCGGAUAUGGUAUGUGUGGCUGUGGAUGGUUUAGAUUACACCAAACCACAACAUAUAUUCCCUUUCUUCUUCUAAUAGCCAUAAGCUGAAUGGUCUUUUUAGAAUUCCCUCAUUUCCUGCAAAUAAAUCUCUUGUAACAGUGCUGAAUGAUUCUUCUCCUAUAACAAUGUCUUUCACAUGGCUGCUUCUUUGGUAAAUCCAUUGCUUCCAAAACAGAACCACCUCCCUUCAAAGAGAGCUACAAGAAUCCCAAAGACCAUUAUCUUGCUUCAAAUGUGCCACGACGUCCAGGAAAUCAGACAACUACAUGCUCAAUUGAUCAUGUCAGGACUGAUCGGACACCCCCUGAAUGCCGGUAGGCUGAUUGAGACGUGCGUUUCUGCAUGCCAAAUCGACUAUGGUUUAGCAGUCUUUAACACAACUCUUUCUCCCGAUAUAUUUGCCUACAAUACAAUUAUUAGAGGCCUAAUACUGGCAUGUUCGCACGCGAAAGCCCUUUCCGAAGGUAAACAAGUGCAUGGCCAGAUAAUUAAGGCUGGAAUAAGAUCAGAUACUCACGUUCAUAGCUCGCUAAUACAUAUGUAUACGAAUUCAGGUUGCCUAAGUUCUGCAGAACGAGUUCUUGCAGAAUUCUCUGAAGAGAAUGUACUUGCUAAGAACUCAAUGAUUACCGGUUACAUGAAUCACGGUGAUAUUGACACUGCUAGAGAAAUGUUUGAUACAAUGAACAUAAAAGAUACUGCAUCUUGGAGUGCAAUGAUAACAGGAUACACAAAGAAUGGAAUGUAUGGGGAGGCAUUGUUGAUCUUCAGAGAGAUGAUGGCUUCCCACAUCCCAUUGAACGAAUCAACCCUAGUGAGUGCACUAUCUGCCUGUUCCCAUUUGGGAGCACUGGAUCAGGGAAGGUGGAUACACACUUAUCUUGACAAAAAAAUCGUCAAGAUUAGUGUCUAUCUAGGAACUGCUCUUGUGGACAUGUAUGCCAAGUGUGGAUGCAUUGAGUGUAGUUAUGAGGUCUUCAGGAAUAUGCCCCAGAAAGAUGUGGUGACAUGGGGAGUUAUCAUUUCUGGAUUUGCCAUGCAUGGACAAGCCUUAAAAUGUUUCAAACUAUUUCAAGAAAUGGUUGAUAAUGGGACUCACCCGAAUGAUGUUAUCUUCGUGGCCAUCCUCACUGCAUGCUCUUUUGCCGGGCAUGUUGAACUGGGCCACCGGUAUUUUGAUCAGAUGGUGCAUUACUAUGGCAUUAGACCAUCCAUCGAACAUUAUGGAUGCAUGGUAGACCUCCUUGGUCGUGCUGGUAGGUUGACAGAGGCAGAGGAACUUAUCUCAUCAAUGCUGGAAAAACCAAAUUCGGCCAUAUGGGGUGCAUUACUGAAUGCUUGUAGGAUACAUAAAGACGUGAAGAGAGGAGAACAUGCAUUCAAGCAGCUAACUGAGUUGGAGCCGACAUCUGGUGAGAGGUAUAAGUUAGCAGCUCAUUUGUUUGCUGAUGUGGGGGAGAGAGAAGAUGCAAAUGAACUUAGGAAAUUUGUGAAGGAUACAAAUGCAGAGCCAAUAUGUGGGUCGAGCUUCAUUGAGGUGGAUGGCAUGGUUCAUGAGUUUGUGGUGGCAGAUAUUGAUCAUAGCAGGGCCAAAGAUAUCUAUAGGAUGUUGCAGGGAUGA